AUGCCGCCAAAAGUGGAUCAAGCUGCAAUCGUCAUCCUGGAUAUUGGAAGAAACGUUUCUACUGCAGAUGAGAAGGGCAAGAAAAGCUUCUUCGAACAAGCUAGGGAAUGCGUCAGCCGUGUCAUAGAGCGUAAGAUAAUGAGCCAAGGCAAAAGCCUCAUUGGAGUUAUGUUAUUGGGUUCCAAGAAGACACAGAAUAAUAUGGCAGAGCAGUGCGAUGGUGCCUUCCGCCACAUCGAGUUUUUGGCAGAACUGCAGUCUCCUACAUGGAAAUUGAUUCGUGAUUUACCAGAGCAGCCCUCCAAAAGCAGAGGUGACUGGAUGGAUGCACUUAUUGUAGCGGCUGAUCAUUUCAAGAAUGGUUUAGGUUCAGUGAAAGCGGAUAGCAAGAAAAUCAUAUUGAUGACUAACUUCAUGUCCCCUACAUGCCUGGAUGAGAAUGACAUUGAGAAGGUACUAACUGGAUUCAAAGAAGAAGAAUUUGAACUAGAUGUCAUAGGCCUAGACAUAUUUGAGGAGCAUCUAAAAAGUGAAGACAUUCAACUGGCACGUAAAUUUGUGGAAGCUACUAAUGGUGCCUCAGCUUCAUUCGAAUAUGCUAUGCAGUAUCUCCUAUAUCACAAGAAAAGAGCUGUCAAUGUUCGUCCAUGGAAUGUCGAUCUAAGCAUUGGCCCCAAUAUCAAAAUACCUGUAUCUACAUACAUAAGACUCAAAGAUGAGCCACCCGUGAAGACUUGGUUGAAGGCAGUGAAGGAUCCUGUGACCUUAACUGCUAGUUCCAGAGAAGGCAUCAUGUCUAGCCGGGUGCACAUCAAUACUGACAAUCAAGAAGUGGUUGAAGCUGAUUCUGUUAUAAAAGGCUACCACUACGGCCAACAAAUAAUACCAUUCGCUGAGUGUGACAAAUCACUGCUCUAUGAAUCAGGUGAAAAAUCCUUAAACCUGUAUGGAUUUACAAAUGCUGAUAAUAUAAACUGGCAGAGUUUGACUGGUGAUGGUCUACAAUACAUUUUUGGCAGGAAAGGUGAUAAAAAAGCCAAACUUGCAGUGAGGUGUCUCACUGAAUGCCUACAUGAAUUGAGCUUAGUGGGCAUUGUACGUAGGGUUUAUAAUAGAGGAAAUGCCCCAAAAAUGUUUGCAAUAAUGCCUGUUAUUGACACCAACGAUUAUAUCUGUCUGUCAAUGAUACCAAUCUGCUACAAAGAAGAUAUAAAGUACAUGACAUUCCCAUCAACAAAUCUGAAAAGAUAUGAAUGCUCUAAAGAACAAGUGGAUGCUUUUAAAGACCUAAUCAAGGCCAUGGAUUUAAUGAAAGCAUAUGAUGAUAGUUAUGAGGACACUGAAGCUUUUCCCAUAGCUGAGACCGUGAGUCCAUCAGUGCAGUAUAUCCUUGACUGCAUAGCUUUUAGAGCUAUGAACCCGGGCAAACCUCUGCCUGAACCUAGAGAUGAAAUCAUGAUGUUGUUCAAGAGACCACCAAUGGUGGAAAAAAGAUCAAAGGAACCACUUGAAAAGAUAAAGAAUUUAUUCACUUUGACUAAAGUUGAAGUUAAAACAAGAGACAGAAAGAAACCUGAUCAGCAAGUUGGUGCAUAUGUGGACAAUCAGACUGCAGAUAUCAAACCAGACAACCAAAUAAAUGAUGUUGACAUGCCUUCAAUAAAACUUCCUGUGACUAAGAAAGAUAAUACAGUUACCAAGGUUGGGACAGUAGAUCCAGUAAACGACUUCAAAGUUCUCAUUGAGAAUCGUAAACCAUUGGUAGAUAUUUCUAUAAGCAUGACAGAAGCUAUCAAGAAUCUGGUGUACUGCAAUUUUGAUGGAAUUUAUACUAAAGCUCUGUCUGCAAUGAAAGCCUUUAGAGAAGAAUGUGUGAAAUCUGAUCCUACUCCUUACAAUAAUUGGAUAAAAAAAUUCAAAUUAGAACUUGGGGACCGUAAUAAGGAUGAACUAAUAAACCUCAUAACAGAAAAUCAAUUGAAUUUCAUCUUGAAAGAAGAGAACAAUUCCAGUACCUAUGAAAAUGCAGAUGGUGAUGAAAGCCAGUUGUAUGAGACUGACACAGUACCUGAUGCCACAGAGUUGACUAUGAACACAGAAAUGAAUGACUUCUUCAAUGACAUGUAAAAAAACAUCCUGUAACUUUUCUUAAUGUGAUAUUGUAUUAUGUUGUUAUUUUCAUCAAAGUUGUAAAACUAGUUUAAAGAUUAUUUUUGUAAUAAAAAACUUAAUAGGCCUGAAAUGUUUUAAUUCACAAUAUCCUUUAUAAUCUAAUCUCGAAUUUGCACACAAUAAAUUCAUGUAAAGUUUUAUCUUAACAACUAAAUAAUAAAUCUGU